GUUCCUUUAAAACUCUUUUCUUUUCGUAACGACUCGUAGAACAAAUAUCAAAGCGACAGUGGAAAACAAUACAAAAGACUCAAGUGGUUAAUUACUUGAUUUGGAAUCUACGUCGACUUCUACUUCAACACCUAUGAUCUUGAUCGCACCAUUGGGUAAUUCACUAUAAUCUUUUUUUCCGAAACUCCGGAAAGAAGCAAUUCGUACAAUGAAUAAUAUAAGAUAGUAACAGCCUACUAUCUUAUUGAAAUUAAGUACAAUGCAAGCUAUAUAAAAUUAUACCGAUAAGCAGUAGAUGAUUAAGUGUGUUAGCACUUCUUAGUGUAGCAGCUUGCACGUGGAGUUGCGGCGCAGAACAGUUGAGUCACGAGUAGAAUGAGAUAGAGUAAUGUUCAGAGAAUUGUCUAGGCUCGGUGCUUGAGGCUCGCUUUUAUAGGCGUUGAUCGGUUGAUUGAAAAAUUGUUCGGUCGAUUGAUCUGUUCGGUCGACCGAACUCUCUAUCAAUUGACUGAACACUGUGCUUUCCUUCUUCGCUGAGAUCCAAUCUUUGCCUCAUUAAUAGCAUUUAUUGUUCGGUCAAUCGAUCACCUUGUUCGGUUGAUCGAAUAGUGUAGUUUCCUUGUUUCUCGAGAUAUACCAUUAAGUCUUCGGUGAUCGUUCGGUCGACCGAUCCUUGGGUUCGGUCGACCGAUCAGCCUGACUUUUUUCUUUGCUUUGGCUCGAGUCUACUCUUUGCCAUGUCAUCAUGGUUCGGUCGACCAAUCCUUAGGUUCGGUCGAUCGAUCAAGCUUUAACCGGACUUGCUUUGUUCUGCCUAGUUCAGUCGGCCGAUCCUUGGGUUCGGUCGACCGAUCAGGCCAGUUCUUGCAAAACAGAGUUAAACAAUAUAUCUUUGUAAAACAAAGUUAGGACAAUAAUAUAUGAAUAGUAAGAUGCAUGAGUAGUAUUUGACAGUAGAACUGUUUUGAUUUCAACUUGAAAACCUUCCCGGUUUCUUCAGUUGGGUCAGCGACCUAGGGUUUGUUCCUUUCUGGAGCACGAUUUCACUGUUGCUUCUCCAGUUUCAUACCUCAACUUACCAGCCAAAUAUUGGUACUCCAAACCUGCUUGGACUUUCUCGGCUCAGUGUUUGAUCCCUAAGUUACUAAGACUUUUCCUGCAAUACUACAUUAGCCAAUAGCAAUAAUAGUAAUACAGAACCAUAUGAUAAAACUAAACUUAGAAUUACCGAGAUUCACUGGUCCGGUCGACCGCGUGCGGUCGACCUGAAAUCAUCCAAUCAACCUUGCUUGGAGUUCACUCCGUCAAGACUUUCCGUUACCUAAGGUUACUUCCUCCUAGAAUUUUCUCCAUCAGACUUCAAUCACCUGAACCUAGAGUUACCUUCCUCAAGGUUUUUUCCACCUGACUUCAUUCACCAGGACCUAAGGUUACUUCCUCCUAGGGUUUUUUCCACUUGACUUCACCCACCAAGACUCAACAUUGGAUCGGUCCACCAGGGAUUUGAUAUCGGGUCCUCUAAACCUAUCGAAUCCACCUGACUUUCAUGAUAUACCGAGAUUUCUCUUGCCUAGUCAUAACUAGGACUUCCCUUGCCUAACCGCAGUUAGGACUAAUCACUCGGUUGGCUUCUCACCCUUGCCUAGCUGCGACUAGGACUUCCCUAGAUCAAACUCAUUUAAAUAUAUUUAUCGGCCAUUAAAACUUUAGAGGUCGAAUACUAGAAUCAGUUUGGUCUGCGACUCUUUAUAUUUACUGGACUUGUUUCUCUGUGCCCAUUCUGAUACUGCAAUUAUUAGAAAAAAGUUAUAUAGUGGAUUUGAACUUGGCUUCCGUGGAGUGCAGCAAAGUUGAUUCAAGAGAGGGCACAUAUUUAACAUUGUUUCUUGAAAAAUAGAAAUCUCUCUCGCGAUAAAUUUGCUUGGAGAAAUGGGGACGUGAAAUGAAUGAACUGUUUCUGAAGGGAUCAGAUUCAUUCACCACCUUUCUAAAGGAACAAGACAGCAUGGAGUGGGAGCCCAUAUUUGGACGUUUUGUUCUUCAAAUGGCGACUUUUUAGUCAUCUUUUUUCUCCUCCAAUAAUUUCCCUUUGAGCUGUCUGUUUCUCUCUAUCAAUUGGAUGAGAUUAACCCUCAGGAACCCUCUAAGUCUGUCUAAGGAGCGCACUGACUUGUUCUUUGUAUAUAUAUGUAUAUAUAUUUCCAACUCUCAGAAAACUCAAAACACCAAACCAUUAACUGAUCUCUUCAAUUUUCUCUGCAACAAUUAAUGACAUGGGAAAUCAUGGAGAAGGUGACAACCCUAAUUGCUGCUGCCGUUUCCACCCCAAGCAAACGAUAGUGGGAGUGUGUGCUCUCUGCUUGAGAGAAAGGCUCCUGGUUUUGGCCGCCAAUUCUGAGCAAAAAUCACUGAAGCAGUCCAAGUCCAGCGCCAUAAUUGGCAAAGUAUUCGCACUGCCUUCCUUCCACCUCUCUCACGCCAACAACAAAUUUGAUGAUGAAGCUGCUUCUGCUUCCAUCUCCAGCCUCGAAGAAUCGUUCAUAUCGAUCAAAUUUGAGGAGAAUGGGCACGCAUCAUGGUAUAGUAACAGAAGCAUACCAUCCUCCACUGGCUUGUUCAUUGAUUGUACAAAGCACAGAAGUAGCAGCAGGAGCAUGGCGGAGCACAGUGAUGAGACGGUGCCGAAGUGGUGCGACAGGAUUGGUCAAUUGGCAAAGUACUGGAAGAGCAAGAAGAAGAGGCCCAUUAACAAGACAUGCAAGAACAAGCAGCAGUGCAAUUAGCAGUUGUUAUGAUGUUGAGGUGGAUGAGAGACUGAUGAAGAAAGAGCACAAGAAGGAAGAGGUCCUGAAGAAACAAACACAAAGGAGUGGAUUUAGUUUUAGUUUUAGUUUUCUUCAUUAGUUUUAUUUUUAAUUAUAUCAUGCGCAUGAAUUCUUGUUGUUGGAAAGAUAUAAUGAAUGGGGUUAAAUCAUGUUGGUGCGUUAAAACAUUGAAUAAAAGCCAUCUGAUCAUAAUGUCAUUCACAUAA